GAUCAGCCGGGCGAAGAGCGUCCCCGGGAUCGACGGUGAUGAUUGGCGCUUCAUGGAGCUAGCAUCGCAGAGGAACCGGUCGAGGCCGUUCACAGUGGCACAGGCUUUGCUGGGCGUUCUCGCAUGCAUCGCCGAAGCUUUUGGCAUGUCCAAUGUGGAACUUGGAGCAGAGGAUCAGGGCUCUUGCCGGCUCAUCCAGUACUACAAGGACCUGGGAUUCCAGAGCACCUCUGCGCACACCAUGUUUGGCGAACUUAGCAUGGAUGCGCCGUUGGGCCGCAUCGUAUCUCUGGCACCAGCGUCGUGGCUCCAAGUCCUGCCGCUGACAGGAUGGAAUGCAUGGGGCUGGCUUUGGGGGGGCUCUCAGCGCCCUGACCUCAACUGCAUCCUGGGCCUCAUGGGCGCCCCGGAGAAGUGGGAGUGGAACAUCGCCUGGCCUACGGGCUGCCAAGUCGAGCUGCGUGCUGUGGGCUCCUCUCACGAUGCUCCAAAGGUGACUGUCUCCGCCCAUCUCCGCUCCUUCCGUGCUGAGCUCGUGUACUGCCGGGCGGUGGUGCGGUUGACCCAAAGCAGUGCCCGGGUGAUCUGGCUUGGCCGCAGCGGCUCUAAGCCGGCAGAUGAGGCGGUGCGUGGCCGUCUUCUGGAUGGGACCGCCAAAGCAGCGUCCGACCGAAAGCCCACGCUCGCUAUGGCCUUGUUGGCCGCCGUGGCUUCCCUCGCUCGCUGGUUCGGAACAUCUACCUUGGAACUGACGCCAGUGGACGACGGUUCCGGCAAGCUUCCUCAAUACUUGUGCAACUUUGGUUUCCGGCCCUUGAGACUCGCUUGCAGCAUGGGCACUGAUGGGAGUCCAGAUGAAAAUGAUUUCGAGUUGUCUUGGUGGCGACAUGGUUUGCUACCGGACUGCUUCCAAGCAGGGAAUUGGCUCGUUCUCUCCCAUAUCACAUCCUAUUCUGGUGACUCGACGGUCGGUUCACAGACAGAGGCGUCGCCGACCGAACGCAUCAAAGGUCAGAAGCCCAAGGCGGCGACAGCCUUCGCGGUCAUCAUGUCGCCGGCAGACCAGCCAAAAGUUGUGGGGGUGAUGGGUGGAUCCUUCAACCCCAUUCACUUGGGCCAUGCAUUGCUUGCAAUAACCGUCCACCAGACGAAGCCUGUUGACGAAGUCCUUCUCGUACCUGUUUUCAAGCACCCGGUGAAGAAGGACCUGCUUCCCUUUGAAGAUCGCGUUGCAAUGUGCGAGCUCGCUGUGUCCGCAAGCGGCAUAGGCGUGAGCCGCGUCGAGCAGGAGACCGAAGAGUCAAACGUAGUGAUGCUGCGUGCCCUGCGGAAGAAGUAUCCCGAAGGAAGCAAACUGUUGUGGGUCUGCGGGGAUGAUGUGUUCGAGUGGAUUUCCAACGAGCGUGGACAGGCCAUGCUUUGCGAGCUGGACGGGCUCAUCGUCCAAAGGCGGUUGCACAAGGCACCUGACAACCAAACUGACCGCUUCUACCAAGCACCAGUGGACAGUGAUUUGGUUCGGGCCUUGGCUGCGGAGCAUCAGGUUCAUGUCGACUUCAUCUAUGGCGAGCUGCCGCACUACUCGUCCACCCUCGUGCGCAACUCCCCUGCAAGCUGGCGAGCCUUUCUGCCCCAAAAAGUGGCGGCUUAUUUGGACGAGCGACCAGCACUUCUGGCACAACUGGUUCGCAGCGGCGACGCACCGCCAGCCCAGAUGACGCCCCCAUCGUCGCCACUCGGGGACACGGCGGAAUGUCAAGAUCUGGAUGAUGAGCUGGAGUCCGUUCUGGAGCAGGCGGCCCCAGAAAAGCUGGAGAAGCCAGUCACCGUGGGGUUUGUGGACCUCGUCCCAGACGAGGAGACGUCCGCAUCCACACCGUCAGAUGCAGCCGAGCUGCCUCACAUCCUCGGCUCCAUCCUGCGCAGCAAGCGCUCGCCCCCGUCCAGGAGCCCCAACCGCAAGCGGACCGUGUCCAGACCACCCUCGGGCCAGCGCCUCCGGGAGGCAGCACUGUCUUGCGUCAUGCGCUGCCUGGCGACAGUCCAUUCGCUGCAAAGGGAGCGUGGCCAGACCGCGCUCGCUUUGGCGCUUCGAGGCUCUCCGGAAGGUGAUGUCGCGGCAAGAAAGUUGCGCAACCUCCGCCGUGCUACCACGGAGACGCUGCAAGGUGACGAGGCCGAGCUGCUCCAUGCAGCCGGCUUUGCAGCUGGCGCUGCCGGAGCCGUGGCGGAGGAGCUUCGUCACGUACCCAAAUGGCUCAGCUACGACCGUGCACUGCUUGACCAGCUUUUGGCAGAGGCUCCUGGCCCUGAUGGCCCACAGUGCUGGAUGCGACGUGCCUCGCUCCUGGACAAGUUCAAUGUGCGAGUUGAUGUCCUCAUUGACGCGUGCGUCCGCGCCUUGGGCGAGCUCAUGGUGUCGCGCACAGGGGCUCCUCUGCAGGUCUGGAGCGACUACGAUGCAACCGCAGAAAAGUUCGCAUGCGACGAAGACAACGAGACCACAGGUGAGUGGCUCCUGUCCCUCUUUCAGCAGUAUGCAGACUGCAAGGAAGCGCUCGGGCGAUUGCGAUGCUUCGUGGCAGCCGGGGGCCAGAACGCUCCUCACCUCAUCAGGACAUCCUUCAGGGCCCGACGGCGUUUGAAUGAGGUGAUCGAGCACAAGGACCGGAUGCUGCGACGGGUCCUCUCGACCGAGCAGGCCAGCCCAGGUGCGGAGCACCCUGGGGCCCACACCGCCGCGGCGCUGCACAAGAUGCUGCGCUCAGUAUCACAGAUGGAGUUCCAGCUGAUGGGAUGCUUCGCCCGUAGCACGCCUUUAGAGGUGAUGCACGAGGCCUUAGCAAACCGAGACCGGGAGCGGGAGGAGUACGACGUCGCGAAGUGGUUUGGAACCCUUACGUCAGUCAUCGAUCUCAUGGUGACUCUGGACCAGGCUUUGGCCGCAUUUAUUUGCACGUACUCGGAGGGCGGCGAUGCUUAG